AUGAAUGCUGACCAUGUUGCCUUCUCAGACCAAUCCGAUCACUCACAUCACCAAUCUGAUGAGACUCAUCAAUCAGAGCAGCAGCAGAGCGCAGAGGCAUGGCAAGCAUUGCCGACGGUCAACGGAGUAGACAGGCAACUUGUCGCAAGCGCUCCGGCUCAGCUUCCUUCGUUCAUCCGCCCCUUUCCACCCCACAUUGUCGCUCGCGACAUCGAAUACCUUACCGACAAAGACGCUCUGACGAUCCCGGACCGUGAUCUUCGCGACGAGCUCCUCAGGACGUACGCCGAAAUAGUCCAUCCCUUCAUGCCGGCACUGGACCUCCACGAAUUCCUGGGGUGUAUUCUGGAGCCCCGGCCGAACAGCAUCAGCCUGCUCCUCUUCCAGGCUGUCAUGUUUGCCAGCGUUGCCUUUGUUGAUGAAGAGUGUCUCCGCGCCAGAGGUUUCAGUAGCAGGAAGGCCGCGCGAAAAGUUUUCUUUGCGCGUGUUCGUCUGCUUUACGGUCUUGACUGCGAGCAGGACCGCCUGGCGCUAAUACAGUCCCUCCUGAUGAUGACCUACUGGUACGACCGUCCAGAAGAUGAGAAAGACACCUGGUACUGGAUGGGUAUCGCAUUCUCGCUUGCGCAAGUCGCGGGUCUUCAUAGGGAUCCCAAACAUCUACCCAUUCCAGAGCGAGAGAAGUGGCUUCGCCGGCGGAUGUGGUGGUCCUGUGUCAUGCGAGAUCGUCUUCUAGCCCUCGGCAUCAGGCGACCUGCCCGGAUCCGUGACCACGACUUUGACGUAUCUGAGCUGACCGUGGACGACUUUGAUUUAAGCCCAGCCUCGGAUGCUCUUCUUGACCUUCUUGGAGAGUCAAGACUGACAUGCGCAGACCCAGCAGCACGAACAGCCAUGGCUGCCGCAUGUGUUGACCUAACCAAGUUGUGCGUCUGUCUUGGCCAUAUCCUCCAUUCGCAGUACUCAGUCCUCGGGCCCCACGCAGUGGGUUCUGAAUACUUCUUCAAGGUUAUUGUCAUGCCCAAAAGAUCCGAGAGACAGGCCCAGGAUCUUCACAAAUGUGAUGCUGAACUCGCCGAGUGGUUUCACGAACGGGACGCCCGAUCUAGAUACGCGCCGGGCACGACUCCGACGGACGACAAAGCCGAGCGCAUCAUCCGUUUACAUCGAUCCCAGCUUCAGAUGAAGUACCUCACCACAAUGUGUGUCCUUCACAGGCCUCAGGUCUUCUGCUCUGCUCCUGGGCCCGAGUUUGGCGUGACGAGAGCAUCUUCGCGGGAGAAGCUCACAGAAGCCGCCGUUGCCAUGACCAAGCUCGCGUUCGAAAUGGAACUGGGCGACCAGCUUCGUUAUCUGUCCACCAGCAGCAUACCGGCCUUCUUAUCAGCCGCACUAGUACACGUCUUGGAGGUUCGUUCACCAGACGAGGAAGUCAGGAAUAUCAGCAUUGGCCGUUUCUAUCAAUGUUUUCACGUCUUGAGCGAGCUUCAAGAGAUGUACGCCUCAGCAGACUACGCGGUUCGGUUCCUGGAGAUGGUGCUGGACAGAAUGAAUACCAAAAUCCCCAUGCUCAGGUUGAACUCUGGCUCUACAUCACGACAAGGAUCGCAAAGCUGUAAGAGCUCGACGACACUGGUUGGAGGUCCGAGCUCGAAGCACCGGGCUGGGAGGACACCUUCUUCAGCUGAACCCCUCAAUGCCCUAUGCGCCGACCAAACUGAGUCACUCACACCCUUCUUGGGCUCUUUUGAUACCUGGCCUGUAAUAGCAGAUGGGCUUCUCAUGGCCAAUAAUAGCCAGCCAGAAGUGGGAACAGUCAGCGAGCCACUAUUUGCAAGUGCUUGGGCAGACGUGGAUUCUCUGCUUCCGGUUCUGAUAGACAAUGCCUCUAAAGGUUAA